GAUUCUUGUUACACGAGAAAACAAUGAGACACGACGUAAAUGCAAAAGGAGGCUUAGAAGAUGGGCGUAUGAUGCGUAUACCGAGACUUGGCAUCCGGAAAUAGGAGCACGGGGAAGAAGCUUACGCAUCGCGGCAACUGCGCCCUCUGACCAUGAUGGAGCGAAGAAGAAUAUUUGGACUAAGGCACUCGCCUUUUUGGUGACAUUAACAAGCCCGUAUUGCAAACCAUGUUGGACGAAAACCUACCCGCCUUCUUCUAUCGAAAGUCGCCUGACGGCAUUGAUCAUCAUAAAGGAGUCUUCUUUUCCGUUCGCGGAUCGGACCCGAGCCCCGCAUACAGCCUUAGACACGGUGAUCCUGCCGCUGCCAACUCGCGCAAUUGUUACGCUGCGGGCCUCUUUGACUGCUACAAUCCUGAGGUUCUCUAUGGAGAGUGUCUGAUCAAGCCUGAAUGGAGCCAUCCCUCGCUGUCGCAAGAAGACAUCCGUCGCAAUGGGGGUGUGCCGCCUCCGCCACAGCCCAUACUGCCUAGCCAGUUUACGAUACAACUGUACAACCCCGACUUGCAAGUGACAGUGACGCAGAAGCCAGGUAGUUGGGGAGGUAGCGCAUCGUAUGAAUUCAGUCUCCCGCAGCUUGUCUUCCGCACACCGUCUGCCUCGACUCUGGAUCGAACUCAGGAUGAUCCCGGCGCGUCCUUGGUCACUCCAAAGCUCAACUUUGUCUGGCGCAAGGAGAGCAAGCUUGCCAAAGACAUGACGGCGUACAUGACGGGCAAGUCGACGGAUGAGAUUGUCAAGAAGAAGCACAGAGACCCAGACAUCAUUGUCGGUCUGUUCCGCUCUCUCCGCGAAUUAACCAUCUACGAACCGAAUCUGUAUAGGGUCGAGCUGGAAGAUCCAAAAGGCCUUGAGCUAAUAUUGCUGCUAUCUGCCGCUGUCAUCAAGGACCUCUACUUCUCCAGCGACCUCAAUCAAGUCUUCAACGUCUUCGAUCCUUGUCGUGUCGCCUCUCUUCCUACUACCACCACCGUACCUUCUCCGCCUCCUGCCGCCAGUGCCGAUCGACGCAAAUCACUGCCUCGUUUACGGACCACUCCUCCUGUAGCGACAACAACACAACGACCUCCCCUAGCAGGUAUCGGCACCGCUUCCGCACCCGACCCACGAACACAAUGGGAGCUUGAUGCCGAGACCGCUCGUCUGCGCGCCCAAGUCGACGCCGAGGAGCGCGAAUUGAAGAGACAGGAAGCUAUACGUCGUAGAGAAAGAGAAAAGGCAGACGAAGCAGAAACUCGACGUCUUCGCAAAAUGGUCGAGGAAGAAGAGCGCGAGGUCCGUCGUCGUCAGGAAGAGGUCGAUCGCGAGACUGAAAGACUACGGAGGCAAUAUAGUCUGAAGCCACCUUCACCAGUAAACAACCAGCAAAGACAUUCUGCGCCAUCAUUGCCGAUACAUUCUCAGCAACAGGCUGGACCUUCACGACCUGCACCAGUCAUGAGUGGAGGAAAUCCUCAUGCACCUCCGGCGGCUGGUCCGUCGAAGAUGAAGAAGAAGAGCUUUUGGGGCUUGAGGAGCAAUAGUGAUGAGAGCAAUGCUAGCAAUAGCAAGCUGAGCAAGAAGGCCAGUGCUGUCUGGUGAUCAAUCUGCCAUGGAUAAUCGAGGAGCAUACGGGAAGGUGUACAAGGCGUUUUGCUGGGCAAGAGCUGGCGUUACAUAGCAUACUACAUACAAUAGGCCUCAGUAGCCUGGUCAGUCGCAUCUUACCACUUAUGAAAAGACGUAUAAAUCACGUAUCUGAAAAACCGUCACUGCCUUAGAAGAGUGUAGCUUGAUGAUUUCGGAUAGAGAAGUAGACUAAAGGAUUGAACAUAGAGAACUUCUGAUGAUUAUUGACGA